AUGGCUGCUGAGAACGAGUCGCUCACACGGGAGCCUGCCACCCGUGGCCGCGGCAGAGGUGGGCGCGGUGGCCGUGCUGGCCGAGGUCGAGGCGGCGGUAGAGGCGCUUCCACGUUGUCUGGAGGCAUUACCAAAUCAACAUAUACCAAGACCGGCCGCGGUGGCACGCGGAGAGGUCGAGCCAAAAGCUUCGCAGACUCUCGCGUCCAGGCCGCCUAUGAGCGCCAGAGAGAUCUCAAGGCCACCUAUCAGGCCGUGGCGCAUGCCCUCAAGCCCGCCCUGCAGGAACUCGCCGACCGCACCAUCGAGGAGAUCCUGGCAAGGUCGGACUCACUUCGAUUCUCCAGUGAACACCUGCCGGUCCUGCAAGAGCUUCACGAUCGCCUCGAAGAGAAACUCAAGCUCUUUGACCGCCAGCUGGAAGCCAAUCUAAAGCUUGCUGAAGGCACUUACGAUGCCGAGCAGUAUGUCCUAGAACAGGAAUUCAUAAAUGGUCUUCAGGACAUUGAAGAACAGUUUUACGACGGUCAAGGUAACCGUCUCCGCAUUCUUGCUGCACUGGAAUCAAGAGAUCUCCCAAUCGAUAUCUCCGAUGAUCAGUAUGAGUACAAAGUCAUUACUGAUCAUCAACUCGACAAUGAUUUCGGCAUCUAUGAAUGCUACAAGGAUGGCCACUUGGUGCCUUAUCCCUCCCGCGUCGAGGGUACCGAGAUGUGGCACAAGGUGCGCGAUGCUGAGGCUGCCGCCGCUGCCGUGACUACCACCACGACCUCUUCUGGCACUCGAGGAGGAAGAGGUGGCCGUGGCCGAGGCAGCAACAAGCGCCGUGCCCAAGACCAGCCGGAUGGCCAGCCCACACCCAAGAAGACGACUCGCAGCAACUUUGAUAGCCAGCUUCUGCCCGCCGCCCCAAUUGCUCCCGCCAAGGGUCUCCUCGCAACUGAAAUUGAGGCUCACAUCGAAGGCGCUCCGGCCGAAGAGGACUCUGCUCCUGCCUCUCCCGAACCCGUCGUCAAUCCCAAUGGUGCCACUUCUACUGCCGUCGUCAAGUCCAACGGCAAGCAGUCAGCUCGCGAAAAGAGCCCACCUCUGCCCAAGAACAUCUCGGAGCCUGACGAGUACGGCUGCCGCAUGUACAACCAGAGACCGUCCAUGAAAGAGAAGGGAAUUAACAGCCGCCUUCUCGCUCCGCGGCUCUUCUGGUUUGAUGACCAUGACAUUGGCUUCCGUGACAGCUCCAAUGACUCUUCCAAAGGUCACACCCGCGCCAAGCGAGGUAAAUACCUCGACACCCCCAACAGCAAUGGCAUGCACUUUGACUACUGGUGCAACGGCUAUGACUACUCCAACACUCGUCCAUCUGAUUUCGACCAGGAGCUCGUCAAGAAGCAUGGCCUCCACCCGAAAUAUGGCAUCUUCUUGCCCAACAGCACAAACGAGCCGGAGCCUACCAUGCCGUUUGUCAUGCCCGGAAAGCCCGUGGUCUACAUUGCCGAACCUUCUGGUCGCAUCUCUCACGCUUCACGCUCAUUCCAGAGGACGAUUAACUAUCGUCGUGUGGAGGAUGCGCCUGUGAGAGUGAAGAUGAAUGCGGCUAUGCGGCGCUUCUGCAAGAUGGGCGACAUCCCCUUGGAAGACAUUGCCGUCACAGAAUACGUGCACACCGACGAAGAACUUCGCGCCCGAUCUCUAGGCACGGCAGCUCUGGAGCUCGAGUCUAAGCCCGAGGCCGUCGAGACCUCGCCCGAGACGGAUGAGCAGGUCGCCACCGAGGAGGAAUCUGCUGAGUCGUCUCAGGGUGGCCUUGCUGCCAUGUCCGUUCUUACCUACGCGACUGCAUUUGUGGAGGCGGAAGAGAACACGCGGGUUGUGGUGCCUGCACCAAAGCCUGCAAGAUAUGAUGCCAUUAGAGAUGUCUUCACGGAUUCCAAACCUGCUGGGGCACCUGCCGUUGAGACGAACAACAACCUCAACCUCAAUUUCCUUGCUGAGCUGUGCAACGUCGAAACUCGUCUGCAGGAACCCGAGGGCAACACCAUCAAGGCCCCGACUCCUCUCAUGCCUGUGCCCAUGCCCAUGCCUGAGGUAGAAUCCGAUAUGAGAACCCAACGCGAAGAUUUGCUACCCGUUGCUCCUUUGAGCCAUGCUCCCAUCAGCAGCCAGCAUGCCCCUAUUGAGCCUGUUGGAGGAUACAUCCGAAAUCCCCAGCCGCAGCGAGAGCUCCCGCCAGCGCAGCCAGUCGGCCCAGGUCAUGUUGCCGUCUCUCACCCUCCUCACCACGCUGUACCAGAGCCAAUUGCCUAUCAGCAGCCUCCGCCCGAGCAGCCUAUGGUUCAUGCACCGCCGCCAAGGGCUAUGGAGUAUAAGCAGCAUCCUGCACCUCCCCUUCCUCCACAAGCUCCUCCUGUCCAGGAACAGCACCAACCCUACUACUCUUCCUACGGGUAUAACGUGCCGGAACCUAGAGACAUGCAUAUGGGCUCUGGACGGCCGAUCGAGCCAGUCUACGCAAGUAGCCGUAUGGCAAACUAUGGCCCCGAAGGCCCCGGUCCGGCGCCGGCUCCUGCACAAGCUGCUCCUGUGCCUCCUCCAGGCCCUAACACAGGAUAUCCCCGUACCUACUGGUCGUCCCAGCAGCCUGCUACUCAGGCGCCGCCGCCACCACCUCCUCAACAGCCGCUACAGCCACAGCCACAGCAGCAUUAUUCACAGGCUCCUCCUCCAAGGAUGCCCUUCUCUCAUAACCCAAAUCCCGAAACACUCCCGCCUCAACCCCUCCCGCCCCUCCGACCACCUCGGGGCCGGGCUCAGCCUGUCCAGGAUGACAUGAUGCGAGACCCUAUGAUGAGGCCAGCUGUUCAUAGCAUGAACAACUAUUAUAAUCCUGCUCCGGCUCGAUCUUACCACCAUGGAUACCCUGCUGCCGAACCCCUUGCUCCUAUGCCAUCAAUCGGGCCGGAAAGAAUCCUGCCCAACCCUCAGCAACAGCAAUCCUACAUGGGACCAUCUGGUCCUGGCUACGCGCCUCAGAUCCUGUCUCCAACUUUUGGAAACCCGCAGCCCAUGUCCGGCCCUAUGGCCCAAAGCCCCCCCGGGACGCCACAAGGGAUGCACGGCUCUAUGCAUCGCCAUCGAUCCACACCUUCGGGGUCUUCUGAUGCUGGAUCUGGAAAGUAUCGCAAACUACAGCCCGCCCCAGUCCCCGCUCAUCGAGCAUGGUCGAACAAGCCCGAGUUGAAAACCAUUCCCUAUGAUCACAAGGAAACAGGCUCAUUGGCUGCCCUUCCGAGCUCUGGUCCAACGCAAAUUAGAGGAUGGAAUGUUAACCAACCUCGGAAGCGAAGCAAGGCUGAUAAGCAGGACAGAGCAGACUCAGGAAAUGACCGGGAUGAUUCCAGAUAG